CUGAGAAUGUGUGAAGGUUGUCUGAAAGAUCUGUCUUGAAGUCAUUAUUUGCGAUCUUGCUAUUUCCCUUUGAGGCAUAUUCAGUCAUCUAGCUAAGGUUUUGAUCGACCUCCAACAUGGUUUAUCUCACUUCUUUGUUACUGAAGCAGUAUCACGGAGGUCAUGUUGUGAUCAGGUUGUCGAUGAGCGGCUGCACGAACCGGCCGUUUUACCGCAUAGUGGCCGCCUACAACAAGCGCGCCCGCGACAGUAAAUACAUCGAGCAGCUGGGCUCGUACGACCCCCUCCCCAACAUCUACAACGAAAAACUCGUCAGCUUCAACUACGAGAGAAUAAAGUACUGGAUCGGGUGCGGCGCUCACCCCACAAAACCAGUGGCCAAACUUCUCGGGCUGGCGGGGUUCUUCCCUCUGCACCCCAUGACGGUGACGAACGCGGAGCGCCAGCGGAACCAGGCGGCUCUGACGGAGGGGGGCGGCGGCGGGGAGGAGCGGGAGGACCAGGAGGAGCAGGACCAGGGGAGUCAGAGGGAGGCGUAGAGCUCCAGGACGCGCAGACGCACUCCGGGAUGAGAGCGCGCUGAGGGCAGCC